CUCUAAUUUCCCGUUUCUCAAUAUAUCAAUACUCUCCUUGUGUGAAGCUUAUCUAGCCCAAGCAAAGAGGAUUCUUAUUUUUGCGUCUUCGUGUUUGUGGAUUGGGUGUUAGUGUCUUCAUCUCCCGGAUCUUUUUCCUAUUUACCCUUUUACAACUCCCCCAAGGAUCCAUUCGGCAUAUACCCAAUUUCCUAGGCCGGGUGUCAUCGAGGGAUUAAGAGUGAGUGUGCGGUGUGGAGAGAUGCACAGACUGAAGCGGCGAGUGCUGGACGACGUUCAGAAGGCAUUUCGGCGUCGGAGCUCCACCUCCACACAUCCAGCUCCAGGACUCGAGGGGCGACCAUCACCGCCUCUAGCGGCAAGCAGCGAGUCCUCGAAUGCCGCGGAAAAAACAUCGCAGAUGAGCUCUUCAGAGCAAGCUUGUGGUGACCACAAAGAGGCAUCAGCUAGUAACCCUCUGCUAGAAAAUACUGCUACGACUGCUCUGCGAAAAGUAACGUUGACUAGGGUCAGAAGUACAUCGUCUCGCAACGGCUCAUUAGGUUCUACGGCUCGGUCUCCCACAUCUCCAUCAUCGCCAUCACAACCGACAACUUCCCUCCCCUUCCCCUGUGAGGAGCCUCUCGCUUCCACCAAACUAGAGGAUUGUCCUCGGUCCCUGCAAAGCACGGCGGAGAUCUCUGGUUCUGGACCCCCUAUCGGACCUCCUCCUCUUGCUAUUAUUCCUACACCAGUUUCCGGAAAAACCUCCUCGACCGCCUCUGUACCUCUGGAUCUGGCAAACUCUCAGCCGCCCUCAAAGGGAAAUCUUAGGCCAGCACUUUCCGACCGACCUCCACAUUCACCACCUCCUCCCCCGCCAAUUCAAACACACCGCCCUGGCCAAGACCGGAAGCAAUCGCUUCUACCGGCCUCUGAGUCUGCCCUGGUUCAGGCUCUCCUCGGCUCUACUACCAACAAUACUACUGCAUUGCCAAAACCUAAUACAAGCUCGCCGUUACUGGAGGAGUCAUCAAUUACUUUUCGUUCGGUCCCCGUCGAGUUUCAAUUGCCCACUCCGGCUACCCUCGGGUCAGGUAUGCUGAACGGGAGGGUUUGGGUGAAGAGACCUGGGGGAUCACCCACCAUUGUCAAUGUCCGUGAGGACGAUAUGGUGGACGAUGUUAGAGAUGUGGUCCUGAAGAAAUAUCAGAAUGCAUUGGGAAAAUGCUAUGAUGCUCCGGACAUUUCUAUAAGGGUUGUUCCUCGUCACUCAAGACCACGCUCACUUGAUCACACUCCGGGCCGUAGCUAUGAUUCACAGCUUGGCGAACGAACGCUCAAUCCAAACGAGACGGUUAUUCGAGUACUGGAUGAUUAUUUUCCCGGAGGUCAAUCAAUUGACGAGGCCUUGAUUAUCGAAGUGCCCUCGCUGCCACCUGUUGGGCGGAGGACACCUCGCCCAUCACCGCAUCAUGGCUUUGGAUCUCAUCAUGAUGGCCACUCUGGCGUGGAAAUCAAUGACUAUUUCUCUCCAAUGGCAUCCACAGGCUAUCCACAAGCACCACCAUCGUCAUCCCAGAUAUCUUUGAGGGAACCCUCUAUCGCAGUUUUGACAACAGGCCAGGUGCCAAACCUGCCUGGAUCACCAGGGAGUACUGGUCGGAGGGGUGUGCGUCCGGGCACUAGACGUUUGCAAACCACAUCUCCAGUUGUCCGCCCAUCGGCUACCGAAGUGAGCUCAACAGCAGGACCCGGAGUAGUCCUGAUGCCUCGCCAGAAUCGUUCAAGGGUCAACUCCGAUGCAUCGAAUACUGCUCAACCCCCCCAACCCCCUCCCAUAUCUGCACCCGCUGUGGAAGACAACACCCAAAAAGCCUCUACCCCUCCAGCCCGCAUGGCAUCCCCUCUUGCAAAGAAAUUCAAGGAGAAGAAACAGCAUACUUCGCCGGCGGGCUUAUUACCCGAUGGUGCUGUUCCUCCUAUCAAUGUCCUCAUCGUCGAGGACAAUGUUAUCAAUCUUCAGCUGUUAGAAGCGUUCAUGAAACGCCUCAAGGUUCGCUGGCAGUCUGCCGUGAACGGGAAGGAAGCCGUGGACAAGUGGCGGGUUGGCGGCUUCCAUUUAGUCCUAAUGGAUAUUCAACUUCCAGUGAUGAACGGGUUGGACGCAACCAAGGAAAUCCGACGGCUGGAAAGGGUGAACUCCAUCGGAGCCUUUUCGCAGUCUCCUUCUUCACCCUCGCGGGAGGAUGCACCAGCCGUCCCCGACGAAAAGGACAAACUCCCUAAUUCAAUUCUCUUCAAGUCGCCAGUUAUCAUUGUCGCCCUUACCGCAUCGUCCUUACAGAGUGAUCGCCACGAAGCCUUAGCUGCCGGAUGCAACGACUUCUUAACAAAGCCUGUGAACUUCAUCUGGUUAGAACGCAAAGUAACAGAAUGGGGCUGCAUGCAAGCGCUAAUCGACUUCGACGGCUGGAGGAAAUGGAAGGACUUCACAAAGACGGAAAACGGCGGGGGCAAUGAGGGAAAGAGUGGGAAAGGAUUCCGCAAUCAGCGACUCAUAACGGGGCAGAAAGGUCCGGGUGGGGAACCCAAGCGAUUAGAGGAGAGGAGCAAUCUUAUUCCUCUGAUAGGUUAAGGAGCUUUGUCGGCUGGGAAUAUUUGCUGCCGGCAGUGGUGGGGAUGGAGCGGUAUGGAGUUCAAUUGCAAUUGAUGAAUACGAAACAAAUUGGGGUAAACGGAGAUAUUGUUCGGCGCACCAGGGGAACAGGGUGAUCUGGAUAUGGUCUUUGGGGGUUCACGAAACAUCUUGUCGGAAAUAGGAUUCUCUGAUUCAUCAGGGAACGGGACGGGACCGGAUGCUAUGGUGGAGUUUUCUUUAUAUCCGUCUGUCUGGUGACUUGCUGCGUUGAGAUCGCGAAUAUGGGUGUCUGGUUGUGUGUUGCUUUGCUUGCGCCUUUUCCUUUUCUUCUUUUUGCCUACGUUGUGUUGCUUUCUCUUUAUAUCAUUGCCACCGACAUUUCCCUCUUCCCUCGCUUCCACCGUUCUCUUCUCAUAUCCCCAGUAGGAAUAUUUGCCUUUCUCUGAUACUGCUUCUUCUCCCUCGCGCUAUUGUUUGGUAAUACAUGUAUUAGGAGUUGCGCUGUUUUGGGGGGUGGAAGAAGGGAGGAUAUGCACACGGAAAGAAGCAGAUCACUCACCGACCAACCAACAGGACCUUUUUUGUUAUGGAAAUCUCCUGACUUAUUUACUCCUUCACCAUCACCUACCGUUCGUCGUUUUGGUGAUAUAUAUAUAUCAUAGCCACCCCGUUGUCUACUUUUUGUACAUAUAUACCUGGUUAUCCUAUACCUCUCAUCUAUUUUCAUUUUUACCCUUUUAUACUUGAUUUUUUUCCCUUUGAGGGGCUGGAAACAAAAACACAUGCUCUCAUUCACUUGUUUAUUUUCAUUUCUUGACUAUUAUAAUCUUGGUGGCCUUUAUUCUCCCCACAAACAAAGAAUAGAGGUGUUUGGGGGCCUUCUUUCCUUUUUCCCUUUUUCUCUGCAUCUUUGCAUUGAUCAUGAGGCAGCACUCGAUCGGAAACCCGAAAAAUCUACAAUAAUAUCAUAACCUUUUGGGAAAGUUU